AUGCCACGUUUAGAAGAAGACGAGAUCAAAAAGUACUGGCAAAUAUUUCAAGGUUUGAAACCAGUCGGCAACAAACUAUCUGGCGAUAGCGUUGCUCCGGUCUUGAAAAACUCUAGAUUGCCACAACAACAACUAUCAGCAAUAUGGGAUCUAAGCGACAUUGACAAUGACGGGAGCUUAGACUUUGAGGAAUUCUGUAUAACCAUGAGAUUGAUUUUUGAUUUGGUGAAUGGGUCCAUCGCUGAAGUUCCGGACCAACUACCAUCUUGGUUGAUCCCAUCUUCCAAAGCAGCUUUAAUUCAAGCCAAUCAAGCUGUUAGUCAGGGAAGAAAUGUUGGAUUAGACUAUGAGGAUGAUGAGGAUGGGUUGAGUGAUGAUUUUGAUUGGUACAUUUCGCCCAGCGACAAAUCAACAUACGAAACCAUCUAUCAAUCAAAUAAUGACCAGUUUGGUAGAAUAAGGUUUGAUUCGUUGAACUCACUAUACUCGACUUUGAAGAAUGUCCCAUCGAGUGAUAUUUCCUCUGCAUGGAACUUGGUGAAUCCAAAAUCGUUUGAAACCAUCGAUAGGGAUCAAGCGUUGGUGUUUUUACAUAUAUUGAAUCAAAGAGAGAAUGGAAAGCGAGUGCCUCGUGGCGUGCCAGCUAGCUUAAGAGCUACUUUUUCAAAGGAAGUACCUAGCUAUGACUUGAGCGCACAAGCCAAACCACUUGAAACAACAAAGACACAAGCAUCAAAACGUUCAUUCGCCGAAAGUUAUUUGAACAAGUUGGGUCAUUCACAUAAUGGUCACACUGAAAGAGGAACUGACUUCUCAGCAACUGAAGGGACAGAUUGGGAAGAAGUGAGAUUGAAGAGAGAAUUGGCUGAUUUGGAAAAAUUACUCUUCCAAGUUCAAAAUCGAUCGAAUGCUGAUAAGAAGGAAUCUGAAGAGCAAGCUAUGAUAAAGUAUGAGUUUGAGCAAUUGUUAAAGUACAAGCAAGACCAAUAUAAUAGACAACAAUCAGGUACUGGGAACGAGGAUUUGCUGAAAGUGGAAAAUGACAUUAAAGACCUUGAAACACAAGUUGAAUCGUUGCAAGAGUAUUUAGAUUCGCGAAAUCAGGAGUUGAACAAAUUGAAUCAAGAGAUAGCAGCUCUACAACAACGUUGA